AUGGGUUCUUUCGUUUCCCAGCCAGUUGAGCCAGUCAAGGACGUUGCGCCUCCUGAGGUCGCCUCCUCCGCCAACCCCGUGCCCGUCAUUGCACCCGGAGCGCCGACCCCUCCAGCGGAAGCCCCUCUGUUUAAUAACUGCUGGAGCUGUCGCGUGCUCUCCGGGUCCGGGCUGAUAGGGGCGGGCGGGUACGUGUACUGGGUGGCACGGAAGCCCAUGAAGCUGGGAUACCCGCUGGGUCCAGGGAGUAUUGCGCAGAUGGUCUUCGGCAUCAGCAUUGCUUGCUGGGGUGUAGUCAUCCUGUCAGACCCCAAAGGGAAGGCCUCCCGCGCUGGUUGA